GCAGCUGCUGAAAGCUGGGAUUGAGAUCAACAGGCAGACGAAGACGGGCACGGCCCUGCACGAGGCAGCACUCUACGGCAAGACGGAGGUGGUGCGCCUGCUGCUGGAGGGUGGCGUAGACGUGAACAUCCGAAACACCUACAACCAGACGGCCCUGGACAUCGUGAACCAGUUCACCACCUCGCACGCCAGCAAGGACAUCAAGCAACUGCUGAGAGGAAUCCUGAAAGUCCGAGCUUUAAAGGAUUUCUGGAACCUCCAUGACCCGACUGCUCUCAACAUCCGGGCAGGAGAUGUCAUCACG